CAGCUCUGCCUCCCAGCCACCCUCCCACGCCUCCCGCGAGGUGCAGCAGCUCUACAUAAACACAGCCCCGCUGCUCGCGCAGGGCACUCGCCUCUCAGCCUGACCCAGGAGGCUCGCCCAGCGGGCAGGGGGGACGUAAGCGGGACAUAAGCGAGGCGAGGCGGCGGCUCCUUCAGCGCUUGGCGUGAGGCGCGGCGGCAGCCCAGCCCGCGCCCGCAGAGAGGGAAGGGGCCGGAGGAGACGCUGCCCGCGCCCGCAGCGAGAGGCUCUGCCAGCGCGGAGCAGAGGACGGCGAAAGGGGCCGAGCGGCGGCUGCACCCCCGCCACCCGCCGGCGUAAGGGCAGGAGGCGGCCGCGGGCUCGCUCCGGGAUGGCCCUGGCGGACAGCGCCCGGGGGCUGCCGAACGGGGGCGGCGUGUCCCCGGCGGCGGGGCCGGGCUCGGGGGCCGCGGGCUCGUCCGCCUUCCCGGAGAUCGUGGAGCUGAACGUGGGCGGGCAGGUGUAUGUGACGCGGCGCGGCACGGUGGUGUCGGUGCGGGACUCGCUGCUCUGGCGCAUGUUCUCGCAGCAGCAGCCCGGCGAGCUGCCCCGGGACAGCAAAGGCCGCUUCUUCCUCGACCGCGACGGCUUCCUCUUCCGCUACAUCCUGGACUACCUGCGGGACCUGCAGCUGGUGCUGCCCGAGCACUUCCCCGAGCGCAGCCGCCUGCAGCGGGAGGCCGAGUACUUCCAGCUGCCCGAGCUGGCGCGCCGCCUGGCGCAGGGCCGGGGGGCGGCCGGCGGGGGGACGCGCCCCGCCGCCCUGCACCGCGACGGCUCCCUCUGCCCCGACGAGCCCCCGCCCCCGCUCGGCUCCCUGGAGGCGGAGCCGCCCGAGGGUGGGGGCGCCGCCUCGGCCCCGUCGCCCCCCUCCAGCCGCAGCCCCUCGGGCGGCCCGCUGCUCACCCCGUCGCAGUCCCUGGACGGCGGGGCGGGGCGGCGCUCGGGCUACAUCACCAUCGGCUACCGCGGCUCCUACACCAUCGGGCGGGAGGCGCAGGCCGACGCCAAGUUCCGGCGGGUGGCGCGCAUCACCGUGUGCGGCAAGACGGCGCUGGCCAAGGAGGUGUUCGGCGAGACGCUGAACGAGAGCCGCGACCCCGACCGGCCCCCCGAGCGCUACACCGCCCGCUACUACCUCAAGUUCAACUUCCUGGAGCAGGCCUUCGACCGCCUCUCCGAGGCCGGCUUCCGCAUGGCCGCCUGCUCCUCCACCGGCACCUGCGCCUUCGCCCCCGAGCAGGGCGGCCCCGCCGACGACAAGAUCUGGACCAGCUACACCGAGUACGUGUUCUGCAGGGACUGAGCCGGCAGACGCGGCGGGGCUGGGCGUCCCCAGCCCCUCACACACAGCGCCCCCCAUCAACCUCUGCCCUGCACCCCCGCCGUGCCCCCAGCUGCGUGCCCGCCCCUCCUCCCCCACCAGAGAGCAAGUGUGGAAAAAAUUGGAACAGAGGCGGGUGAGGGGCUAAUUCGAGCCUAUAUAAGAAAAAGCCCCAAAUAUUGGGACUGUCUCUAUACAAUCGGACAUCUCCUCACCCUUCGCACAGGAGAUGUUCAAAACUCUGGCUGUCUGCUCUCCACCCCUCAGACCCAGCCGGUGAGGGGAACUCCCUCUCCCUUACUCCCAGGGACUCUCUUUCCAUAAACUGGGCACUCUACCCCACUGAGAAUGAGGGGGCGGAGGUAGAUCCUAUCCUCAUGUUUUAACUUCUCCUCCCAUCCCAUCGUUUUAACUUCUCCUUCUUGCCCCUGUUUGGCAACCUGGCAGAUUUACAACUGCCCACCCAACUAUGAUAUGGUGAGUGGGACAGCUGUCUGAUGAUGGGUUACCCCUCUUGCUCAUGAUUUUCCUCCAAGAAGAGUGCGUGAUUGGUGGGGGUGGGAAUGACUAAUCCUCCAGGACCAAUUACUUCCUUAUCCCUUCUUACUCCAUCUCCUCUAUCCUUCCCCAAAGCCCUGAACUUAGAAACUCUUGAACUGGAUCAAGUGAGGCUGGCUGGUGAAGAAGGCUGAUGGCCAAGGACAACUAUCAAACCAAGUACUCUGGAUUAUAUAAAGCAACAAUUUUUCUUGAAACCUUACAGUGCUUGUGAAUCAUAACUUUCAUAGGUGGUGUAAAAUCCUUAGCGUCACAAAGUUACCAUAUACGGUUGAACUACAAAAAAAUCCAUUGCACGUUCCUUAAACUCCUUUAAAGUGGAUUGGUGUGACAUAAACUAGGCUGGUCAGACAGGAGACAGAGUGCCUGUUUCCUAUGAAAGUGAGAUUUUUAGAUGUUGAAGUCAUACAAGUUUACAAAUCCAAGUAAAAACAAGUGAAUCCUGCUUGCUACUUUCAGUGUUGUCACUUUAGCACUAUAUAAUUGUUGAAGCUGACUGAAAUGCUUCCUCAAAUGGCUUUCUUAACAAAAUAAAUACUGAUUUUUAGUUUUUUGUAGCAGUAUUAUCAGAGAAAUCACACUGCUAAGUUCUAAGUAACAUUUCCUAGGCAUAAUAAGUACUUUCUCAAAAUAAGGUACAGAACUAAACGCAGACCCAGCAAAAACAGGAGCAACAAUAUCUUCCUUCAAUGGGAGUUACCCCUCCUUACAGUAGUGCUGAACUUGGUCUAUAUAAGCUAACAAGUUUAGAACUGCUUCUCUUCCAGAGGAAGCAGCCAUAGCUUUCCGUGGAAGAACAACAUACUAUAUAAGCACAAGCUUUUGUAAUGAAUGAAGGUUUAGCCUCCCUUUCUAAUAAGCAGCUAAGGAUCUGAGAAUAAAAGCACUUCUUGAAUUUUAAAACAUGAGUUAUCUAUUCAAGCUUCAACAAAAAAAAUUACACCUUUUUAACCAUCCUAAACAUUCAAGGACUUUAAUGGUGCAUAUUAAAGUUUGAAGUUACAAAGAUAAAACUGCAGUUUAAUUGGUUGUUCUGACUCUUGUAUUUAGAGAUCGUACUAGCACUUACAAUCUAACCAAAGAGUUUCACAUUGGGAUUUCAAUUUUAAACCUUAUUUCCUUUUUCCAAAGCUAUAGCUUCAGAUAAUAUGAAAACUUUUUAUUUAAGCAAUGUUAAUCAAUUUGAGUUUCAGUGCUUUCUCUCUUUUCUCCACCUAGUCUCUUAACUAAAGGCAUGCAUGAAAGUAAUACUGAAAAUAAUUUGCAGUUUUAGUUUUUUAUACAUUAAGGUAGAGUUUAUCCAUGUGAUUAAGCUGAAAAUAUACAUGAGAGCACCAGGUAUUGUCCAGUUGUAGAUAAUUGUAAAAUGAAAUAUUUUUAAAAGUGAAAUAUACAUUUCAAAUUAGAUGAGCAAUAAUAAGAUAGUAGUGGGAAGCCAGUGCACCAGAAAACAGAGUGAAAGCUGGUUGUCCUAUGCCUUAUUCUAAGAUGAUUUAUUUGUGCAUAUUUUAUCUAUACCACAAGUGAAAGGAUAUUGAUCACAGCUAGUAAGUAUUUAAAAUGUCAUUCUUAAGUCAAUGACUGUCUUUUUCUAGUUUCUGUUAAGUAACUUUAUCUGAAGUAUGUUUUUUAAAACUUUGUAUAAAAUGGGUUUUCAGUAAGUGUUUAAAUUAGCUCCAGCUAGCUUUUUUUUAAGAACCUUAUACUAUGGCUUAAUAAAUUCAUCAUAGGAGUUAUGAAUGGAGGACCAUUAAAUUGAAUUUGAGAUUUAGUGUAUAUACACUAUAUAAACAUUUUACACGAAUCAUUUAGUUUUUUAUUCAUUUUAGUGCUACAAAAUUUCAUAAAGUAUAUCUAGCCUGAACACUUGCAUAUUACUCUGUAUAUAAUAUGGUAAUGUUUUGAUCCAUUUCUUAUUCCUGUUUCUAUGGAGAAAAACUAAGUAUGAAUAUCAACAUAAUUGUAGAACUAAGUUUGUCUACACUUAUUUGCUUGAAUGUGAAUUAUAACUAAACUUCCUGUUGGCUAGAUGCCCCCUUAAAAUGAAGAUACCUGUAUUUUGAUCAGUGUCUGUUUAAUUGCUAGCAGAUGACCCAAAAGCUCAUAUGAUUAUUUUAAAAAAGAAUGGGUGUAAAUAAAAUCAACUCAAAUGAAUCAUUUUUCUAAUCUUUGUGUUUGUGAUAUUAAAGACUAACCAGUGACUGGUAGUGAGUUAUGGAGCCUUUCACUUAUAGGUCUCUGGUUCUAAUUUGGACUCAGAUUGGUGAUGACCUAAAGUAAUUAGCUGUUUGAUAGCUAUCAUACUUAUUUGUAGUCUAUGUAAAAACUGAGUUGGUAAUUGCAGUCAAAUUCCUAGUGGGCAGUCUUCCACUGGACAAGUUACUGACUCUUAUUGUCUCUCUCAGAGAGCCUAAGGAGUGAGUGGAUGUGGUUGCCUUUAGAGGUAGUCCCUCUCCAGGUUAAUGUGGAGGCAUGCUAAUGGAGCACUGUAUACAUUUCUGUAAUUACUGUUGCUCACUCUUUGCCUGUUCUGUGAAUAAAUACAAGUCUGAUACUGUUAAUGAGCACUUUUUUUUUUUAAAAAGGCACUCUUUUUUAAUUAGAAAUGAAGGCACAAGUACCAUACUUUUAUCAGUCUCGUAUGUCAGAUGGUAUCUUUACAACAAAUGUUUGAUAGGAUAUAUUAUAUUAUAUUUUUCUACAUGUAGAUAAUUAGUCAUAUAUUCAUUUUUUUUUCACAUUGUAUAGUGUUGGAAACAGACAUCCUUCUAGGAAGAUGUUACAGACCAAAUUAAAUUCUUGUUCUUUUGAUACUAA